CUAUGGCCCGCAUUAUUGAUGUGGUGCCCUGGAAUGACGGUUCUGCGCAUGUGUAUGCAUCCCCGGCCAUCCUGCUCCCGCUGGAGCGGCAGCGCAACCAGCUGGCUGGCGUGAAGCAUCAGCUCUACCACCCCGCCCUGCCCACCUUGCGCCGCAUGGACAUGGACUCGGUCAAGGCCUGCCUCCCCGACGAACACUGCCAGUCCUCCACCUACUGCCGCAAAGAUGAGUUUGACAAUGCCCGGUUCUCCCUCGUGGGGGCCCCCAGCAAGCCUCUGCAGUGCCUGGACAUCACACCGACCGGCCAGAAGAUCCACAGCAGGUACCGAGAGGGAAACCUGGAGCCCCUUGCCCCAGGCCCCAACCGCCUCGACUGGCCCUGCUUCACGCGCGCCAUCGAGGACUGGUCCCGCUCCGUGUGCUCCGGCGAGCAGUUCAAGAAGCGCUGCCCGACCAAGAAGGCGGAGCGGUUCAGCGGCUAUGCGGUGCGAAACCUGAAGCCCGAAGUGACCCAGAACUGGCGGCAGGGAGCGCCCCGGGGUGGGCGAGGACGGGGGUGUUGGACCCCUCAACUUACCAGCCCCUCCCUGUGGCCCGCUCAGUACUGUCUCAACCAGAACCCCAGUCUAGACCGCUUUGGACAGAAGCCCAUGCCCUACGACUCACUGAAUGCUUUCAGACACUUCGGAUCCCACUACAGUCGUGUCAACUACCUGACUCCCUGGCGUUAAUCUGUGGACAGGAGGAUGACCACCCCCAAAGCUGCUGGACCAAGCCACCUCAGGUCCCCCAGUGGGACAGGGGGUAUAUUGUGGUACCAACUAUCUCCUCAGAAAUUCAAUUGAGCCUGUCUAGAAAUAAACCUAAUUGGUCC